AUAGUUAUAUAUAGGGAUAUAUUUGUACUAGAUCCAAUUUUUAAUUUUAAUGCAAUUAAUGUUAUUAUUGUGCAAGAAUUUAUAUAUUGAAAUAGAUUUAAGAAGUUUGUCAUUUAUAAACAUGUAUGACUAAAUAAAAAUACGAUAUUUUUUGUAAUAAUCAUCGGUUUUAUAGGUUAGACGGCUCAGCUUGUUCUGCAAUACUUAUCGCUGAUCCAAUAUUAAAAACAUGUUACAACGUGUGCCUAAUCUUCUGAAAGUUUUUCAUAAUAUUAGCCACUACAAUAAAGAAUGUUUAUACAUGUUUCAAAUAGGAUAUGCAAGGAGACAUACUAGUACUUUGAUAACGUAUAAUUACAAUACCAGAUACAAGGUGCAAAUUGUUGCGAAUCCUCAAAAGAUUUUUACUGCAUAUAAUGUAAAACAUCUGCAAGAAUGGAGAUGGAUUCUUAUUACAAUUUCCAAGCCAAUAUCUGUCAUAGCAAAAGUACAAAAAGAAGAAACAAUAGACUCCAGCAAAAAUACACAAAACAAUGUACAAAGAAUCAUAGAAUUAAAAGAAGAAAAUUUAGGGCAAUUAAAAGAAAGAAAGUUAGAUGUUAAACCUGAUGAUAACCAGACUAAAGAAGGGCAACAAAAUUUGAAGACAGAAGUUAAAAAGAAGAAAACGGAUAAAAGAGUAUCAUCAUUAGAACGUAAUUUCAUUACACCGGUUAGAGCUAUGUCAGAUUUUUUGCUGAAACCAUCUGACCUUGAAAACUUACCAAAGACAAAAAGAAGAUCACCUUAUGAGUUUGAACCUCCAAUUACUGUUUAUUGGAGAAAAGAUGUGGAAGCAAAAGCGAUAGAAGUCUGGGGAUCACGGGAAGUCUUAGCAAAAGAACUUCUUAAGAAGGAACUUCAACAGAAAGCUUAUCAGCAAAAUAUAUUUACUGUUAAACGAAGAUUAAGAGAUUAUAGACGAGAAAUUGGUAGUAAAACACAAACCGUAGAUCCAGAAGGUCUUUUUGGAAGAUCUGGCAAAGUAGUUUUAACUGCCAUUGUAAUCAAUGGUUGCAAUUUUUUAUGUAAGCUGUUAGCGUGGUUGUAUACUGGUUCGCAUAGUAUGUUUUCAGAGUGUAUUCACUCUGCUGCAGAUACUUGUAAUCAAUUGAUAUUAGCGUAUGGUAUACAUAAAUCAGUACAAACUCCUAAUCCUGAUCAUCCAUAUGGCUAUACAAAUAUGAGAUAUGUAUCUUCUUUAAUAUCUGGGGUUGGUAUCUUUUGUGUUGGAACUGGUCUAUCUAUAUAUCACGGAAUUCACGGCCUUCUGUAUCCUUCGACAAUAGAAUCGUUUUAUUGGGCAUAUUUUAUCCUGGCUGGCUCUUUGGUAUCCGAAGGAGCAACUUUAUUAGUAGCAAUACAAUCAAUAAGAAAAGGUGCAGGAGAAAAACGACAAACAUUUAAGGACUAUGUAUUAGGAGGACAAGAUCCUUCCGUAAACGUCGUACUUAUGGAAGAUUGCGCAGCUGUGCUUGGUAUUGUAUGUGCUGCUACAUGCAUGGGUUUAACAUCUUAUUUGGAAAACCCUAUGUUUGAUGCCAUCGGAUCUCUUAUAGUUGGUGGUCUACUUGGCAGUAUAGCUGGGUUUAUAAUACAUACAAAUGCCACUGCUUUAAUUGGAAGAAGUAUAUCUCAAGAAGAUCUAGAUAAAAUCAAUGCGGAAUUAGAAGCAGAUAUAAUGGUUCGAGCAAUCUAUGAUGUCAAGGGUAUCGAUAUGGGUAACGACUUAGUUCGGUACAAGGCCGAAUUAGACUUUGACGGCAGGGAAUUAACAAGGUCUUAUUUGGAGAAACACGAUCUUGUUCAAAUGCUACAGGAAGUAACAGGAAUGACAGACAUAAAAGAAUUGGAAGCAUUUAUGUUAAAGCAUGGCGAAGCUAUUGUUGAUACGCUUGGUGGAGAAAUAGACAGAAUGGAACUAAAUCUAAAGAAAAAGCAUCCCGAGAUUCGACAUUGUGACCUGGAGAUCUUAUAAGUACUGUAUAAUAUGGCUACUAAUAAACGAUAUACAUUCUGAUGUAAAUAAUGUUUCAUAGCAAUGCUUGCGCUAUGUAUCUUAUUUGCUGUAUUCUAUUUACAUAUUUAUAUACAUACAGUGCCCGUGUUAUUGUUCAUGUAUUAGGAAAGAAAUAAGUUAAAUAAAUUUGAAUUUCUUAUCUAUAA